AUGUCUUCACUCGUGUUUCGUGAUGGCUCUGCUCCUUUCCGCCUAUCUUUCUCUGCGUCUCUACACUUUUCCAACUCUCUCUCACUCUCCACGCUGAAGAACCGAAGGGUGAAGACUGACGACGGACAGUGGACUUUGAUUUUAUUGCAGUGUAAGGGCUACGAUAGUAAAAACUAUGUGGGAUGUAAUCAGGUUAAGAGCGUUGGAUUUUCGACUGAUGGGAUUGUGACAAUACCUACCAUGAGGAAACUGAAUCGCAUAUGGGUCACUCUGAGAAUGCACUUUGAAAUCUACAGCGGUGAUGUGGUUGCGAUAGAGACAUGGUGUCAGAGAGAAGGAAGGAUAGGGACAAGGCGUGAUUGGAUUCUGCUAACGUUGUACCUAUGUGUUACCACCAGUUCCAGAAAGUGGGUGAUGAUGAACCAAGACACAAGACGGCUACAUAAAGAUUCUGAUGAUGUUUGGGACUUUGAUGCUCUCAUUCCCGAGGAGGAAAAUAACAGAAGUUUGAAGAAAAUCCCCAAACUCGAAGAUCCGGCCAAGUACUUAAUCAUUGGACUUAAGCUAAGACUAGCUGAUCUCGACAUGAACCAUAUGUCAAUAAUGUCACCUAUAUUAGAUGGCUUCUUGAGGUUAGUGUCAUCAUCGGUUGAUUGGGAGUACUCCAUUGGUUUAUCUGAACAAUGUUGCUGA